AUGCUUAAUUGAGAUAAUAGUCUGCUCAAUCGAUGGAAUGUUGUUGCCUUUCCCCCAAAUGUGAUUUGAGUAAAUUUUCCAAAUGUGCCAGCUAAUUAUGCCUGAGAUAUUAUGUCUAAAAACAUCAAUCAAGUCCUUUGAGCCUGCCUUUAGCCAGCAAUUUCUGAAAACCUGGGAAAUAGAAAUGGCACAUGCAGGUAUGGGGAUACCCAGCAGUCCCAAAAAAUAACCCCAAAUAGGUUUAAUUUCUUUACAAAGAAAUAAAACAUGAUCCAGUGAAUCACUGUUAUUCCUACACAUAGGGCAUAUAGUAGGAUUAAUCACCGUAUUAAAUCUGUUCAGCUUAUCAGGGAAGGGAAGAAUUCCUUUUAGGAUUCUCCACUGCAAUAGUUUGAUUUUGAGUUCCUGUCUAGGAUUCCAGAUGUGUUUGAAAGACAAAGUUGGUAGAGCAUGGUUUCUAACUUCAUUGUAGGCUGAUUUUAGAGAAAACUGACCAUAUAUUUCCUCAUUCCAGAUCAGAGUACCAGAAGGCAAUUCAAAGCACAGGGUGGAUGCAUAUUCAUGGAUGUAGCAAAUUCUUCUCCAUACUGGUGAAUCAGUCACUUUAGAUUAACACCCAAGUAUCUUACCGGAAGAGUAGCUUUUUGCAUGCCCAGGAGCUCUUCCAUGCGAUUACUACGAUAAAGGGAAGUUUUUCCACAAAGAAAUGAACUCUUUUCAAAAUUGAUUGUCUGCCCUGAAGAGUUCUGAUAAUCCUUUAGGAAGUUUUUGAAAUUGAGAAUUGAUCUUGCCUCUCCAUUAAGAAAAAUUAGCAAACCGUCUGCAAAACCCAAGUGAGAGAUAAGGUAACCAUAUGCCCCCAUCCAGAAAGGCUUGACUCUACCUUGAGAUAUUAGAGAAUUAAAUCCCUUAGAAAAUGCCUCAGCUGCAAUUAUAAAAAGGAAGGGAGACAGAGGAUCCCCUUGUUUGACCCCCCUGCUUGGCUUAAAAAAACCAUAGGGUGUACCAUUAACCAAGACAGAGAGAUGAGUAGCCUGCAGAUUAUUCAUUAUUAGUUUGACAAAGUUCUCUGAAAAGCCAAAUUUCAGCAUGAUUUCAGCAAGGAAUUUCCAAGAAACUUUGUCAAAAGCUUUGGCCAUGUCUAGUUUAAUCACCAGAUUAGAACCUCUGAUUUUUUUUAUCAAUGCUGUGUAUCAUUUCCUGGGCAAUUAGCACUUGAUCUGCAAUGUCUCUUUGCUUCAUGAAACCAACAUGUUCUUUUGAGAUUAUCUUAGGCAAAAUAUUAUUCAAACGAGAAGCAAUAAUCUUGGUGCAUAUCUUACUCAAAAAACUGGAGAGACAAAUGGGUCUAAAGUCUGCAAAAGUAGCUGGGUUGUCCUUUUUGGGAAUAAGAACAAUUAAGGCACUAGACAUCCCUGGGGGAAUGGGAUGUCCCAAGAAAAAUUCUUGCACUGCCCUUAACACAUCAAGCCUCACUAUAGACCAACAUUUCCUAAAAAACUUUCCAUUAUACCCAUCUGGCCUAGCUGCACUAUUUUGAUUUAAAUCCCAGACCGCACUCUUAACCUCCUCCAAAUUGGGUAGAGUAGUAAGUAUAACAUUAUCCUCCUGAGAUAUAAUGCUAGGGAUACAAUCCAGAAUAUUGUUGGAAUCAUUAUCUUCUUGUGCAGAAUAUAGAGAGGAGAAGAAGUUCACCGCGGUAGUCCCAAUGUCUGCAGAAUUUGAGAAAGUAUGACCCUCAUAGUCUCCAAUAGAGUCCAGGUAAAGUGAGGACCAGUAUGUGGAAGCUCAACAAGAUCAGUUGCAGCAAUACAAUCGGAGAAUUCAUGCAUUCCAGUCCAAGUAGGUUGACUUUGACCCUUGUGAUCACUGAAAGAGGCAAUUUCAUUGAAAUCUCCACCAACUAGCCAAGGCUCCACCAUGUUAUUAGAGAGAUUUUUAAUCCCCUCCCAGAGUUCCCUUCUUAAAAUAUAUGUAUGUCUCCCAUAAACCGCUGUAAUCCAUCCCUUGAAAAUGCUACUUUGAAUUUUGAAGUGAACGAACUGAGAAUGCCAGACCACCUGGGAAAUAUCCAAAACUGAAUUAUCCCAAAAAUUCCAAAUUUUGUUGAUAGGAGAAUAGAGAACCUCAUUUAAACCCAGCAUUGAUUUAAAGGAAGUAGCUCUAGAUUCCUGAACAAUAGGCUCAAAUAAGCUCAAUAAUCACAACUAAGCUUAACCUCCAUUGUUUAACUAGGGAAUUAAGUCUGGAACUGGAGGAAUCCAGACCCCUAGUAUUCCAUAUCAACCAAUUCAUUUUGGAAGUAAGGAGGUUAAGUCCUUCACAGAAUUUCUAGUAAUUCUCUUUUGUAAAGCCUCCUGUUUGUGUUGUUUUUUCCUUUCCCUCAUUGAUUGAUCAUUCUGUAUUACUCCAUCCUGAAAGUCUCCAUCAUGGAUGUUAUAUGUGUGAAUGAUAUUCAAGACACUUUGUAUAAUAUGAAUGUGUUGGACUGCGGUUGACUAUUUGUAUUGUACGACGGGUUGUUGACGUGUCCGGGGAGGUCUGGGGCGUGACACUUUUGAUCCGUUGAUAAGUCCAUUUUUGUACUUAUUUUUCUUAUCAAAUUUAAGCGAUUUUUGAAUGAAAAUAGAAAGAAAAGACACAUUUUAUAUAUUUUGGUUCAAGUUUCAUGAAAUCAGGUAAAAAUCACAUCCAUAAUAUGUUUAGCGGGAUUUCGGGUCAAUUGAGCACAAAAUGAGUCAAUUUGAGUGACAAAUGCAUUUAUACCGGAAGAAACAAGCACUUUAUCAAGGUGAUUCAGAAGACAAAGUUGAAGAGCAAGAAAAGCCGCAUCUGCCAGACAAAAGUGGCCGAAGGCGCCCAAAUAGGCGCCCAAAAUGGAGGCCUUCGCGGCCGCCUACGGGAAAAUUCAGAAGUCAACCUCGCUUUGACAACGGC